GAGCUCAAAUGGCGGAGAGACCUAGAGCAGAAUACCUUCGAGAGUAGACGUCUUUUUACACGUAACUGUAGAUUCGGCUUACAUUUCGAGUCAAAGACUGGAGAGCAUUCAUAUUUGCAGAUAUUUCCUGAAAUACUUCGAAGAGAAAGAUGACUUCAGGUACUCACGUAAUUCAAGUGACUAACGUGUCACCGGGUACAACAUCUGAACAGAUGCGAACGCUGUUCGGAUUCCUUGGAACCAUCGAAGAGCUCAAAUUGUUUCCACCCGAUGAAUCACCUCUGCCUGUCACAUCCCGGGUCUGUUUCGUUAAAUUCCGGGAGCCGGAGUCUGUGGGGGUGUCACAGCAUCUUACCAACACAGUGUUUGUGGACAGAGCUCUGAUAGUCGUCCCUUUUGCAGAAGGUGUUAUUCCUGAGGAGGCAAAAGCUUUGUCACUGCUUGCGCCAGCAAACGCUGUGGCUGGGAUUCUACCUGGUGGAGGGCUUCUGCCAACACCGAAUCCUCUGGCACAGAUGGGUGGAGUUCCUCUGGGUGGUCUGGGUGGUCCUCCUGUGGAUCCAGGGCUUGCUGCUUUUGGCUUACCAGGAUCGAACAUGAAUCCACAGUCCUUGGCUGCUGAUCAACUCCUGAAGUUCAUGAGCUCUGUGGACCCAAAAAUGAAUCCAAUGGCAGCUGGAAUGGGCCUUAAUCCAGGGCUGAAGGCAGAUGCUUCGAGCAAAGAGAUUGAGGAAGCCAUGAAACGUGUGCGAGAAGCCCAGUCCCUGAUUUCUGCCGCGAUAGAACCAGGGAAUAAGAAGGACAGCAAACGCAAGCAUUCUCGCUCCCGCUCCCGGUCCCGAUCCAGACGCAGGAGGUCCCGGUCUCGCUCUCGACACAGGCGAUCGAGCAGCAGGUCGAGGAGGCGUUCUCGCUCCAGGAGCAGGAGACGAUCUAAGAGCCCCAGACGAAGGAGAUCUCAUUCACGCGACAGGAGUAAACGGUCCAGCAGAUCCAGGGACAGAAAGAAAGACGACCGCAAACGCUCCAAAACGCCUCCAAAGAGUUACAGCACGGCACGCAGAUCACGCAGCUCCAGCCGAGAAUUAAGACGCAGGAGAAGUGGUAGUACGAGUCGGUCUCCCAAGAAGUCCCCAAAGAGAAAAAUUUCCAGGUCUCCUUCUCCUAGAAGACACAAGAAGGAGAAGAAGAAGGACAGAGAGAGAGAGAAGGACCGCGACCGGGAGCGUGAUCGAGACAGGAGAUCAGAGAAAGAACGUGGUCGCAAUGAGCGUGAACGUUCCACCAGCAAGAAAAAGAAAAACAAAGAUAAGGAAAGAGACAGGAAGUCUGACAGCGAGAAGGGAGAUAAACGUUCUUGUCAGGUCACACGAGACUAUGAUGAAGAGGAGCAGGGCUAUGACAGUGAGAGAGAGCCAGACCAUAAGAAAGACUCCGAAGACUCCACCUCGUCCCCGCCCCAUGAUGAGGCGGUUGUCGAGGGCAACGGCACGGCGGCCAGGCCAAAGGAGGCCAAGCUGAAUGGUGAUGACCACCAUGAGGAGGACAUGGAAGUUAGUGACUGAACACCCCCCCCCAAACCACAUCCUAACCUACAGUGACUGCCUAGGAGCUCUGCCUCCUCUCUGCUCCUCUCUCAUAUACGUGGAGUUAGUUAGCACCCAGAUGAGUCAUCUAAGAGUAGAUCAGCUUUGUGCAUGUACCAGCUCUUGAUAUCACAUCAUCCAUUCUAACUCCAACCUGUACCCUCUGAAGAAGGGCAUGAACUGACAAUACAGAAACCAAAACAGAUGCCAGCCCUGAAAAUCAUUCUUCAUUUGAUGCUUUUAAUUUGGUCUUUUAACAGAGAAUAGCCACCACUUUUUGUAUUUUGAACUCCUAGGAAGUUGGUUUGUUGUCUCAGUUGCCUAGAAUGAUCUGUAUGGUUUGGGGAUGAACAGUUGAUGGUUUGGCUGGAUGUGGUUUGAAAUAGACUGGGUGUGUGUAUCCAUGUUUUGUGUUAGCUUGUUUGUGCUUUGUGUGGCCUAAUUUCACAUAUACCCAGUAGACCUGAUGUUUUGUCAAUUGAGUUUUAAACGUGUUGGAGGUGAUUUUUUU